AUGGGUAUACAAUCGCUUGAUUAUGAUCCAACAAAUGAUGUUAUAUCAAUUUUAUCUGAGUUCGACUCACUCGAGCAGCUGAAUAGAUUGAUAGCUGUAACGAGAAAUCGCAAACUGGAACUUGAACAUGAAAUAAAGGAUGAGUUGGCCUCAAAUGAUUCUACAAACGAUGGUUUAGAUGAUUCUAAAGACUUGGAAGAGUUGAUAGAUUAUAUUGGAAAAACGAAAAUCAUGUCAAAAGAGACCGAAUCAACGAUAUCACAUUUAACAAAGGGAAUAUCUUACUUGGAUAACGCGAAGAGAAACUUGACGCAUUCAAUGUCUUGGUUCCAAAAUUUAAAGUCUUUGACAGAUGCUUACGCUAGUUGUGAAGAAUACUUUAGACAAUAUAUGUUCAAGGAAAUGUAUGCAUCUUACUCAUUAAUGACAUCACUAAGUUCGGUAUUUGAAGAAUAUAAAUCUGUGGAUGAAAUUAAUAUUCUUUUAAACAAAGUGCAUACGCUUGAACAUGAGAUACUUAACAGAAUUAAGAUUCUCUACCGCAAACUAUUUGAAAAUAGAGGAAAUGUCGGUAUUGAUGAAUCUACUUUUGAGGAAGGUAUUUGUAAGUUACUGGAGAUAACGGCGUCCACCAAGUUUGAAAUAAUUGAUUGGUGUCUGGAUAAAGUACUGGAAGAACUUCAAGAAAUAUUUAGUGUUGAUGACGAAGCGGGUUCCCUCGAAAACAUAUCCCGUAGAUACUUAUUUUUCAAGAAAGUAUUGAAUAAUUUUCAAACAAACUACUCAAGCUAUUUCCCAUCGGAUUGGGCAAUGCCGUCAAGGCUAACAUCAAUGUUCCUCAUUCUCACAAAGCACGAUUUAGAAAUCCUCCUGCAUAGAGAGAUGGCUAAGUCAUCGUCUUUAGAGUUGUUUAUGAAUGCAUUACAGAGUACAAUUGAGUUUGAAAAAUAUAUUAAUGUUAAGUUCCCCAAUAUGUUGAAUAAAGGAUCGGAAGAAAAGCUUUCAACAUGUUUUGAGCCUUACCUAUCUUUAUGGAUUUCACACAAUGAUAAAAUUAUGAACUCUAAAAUCCUCACAUACUUGAGCGAACCAAAACUACCGGAUUCGACUGAAUCGCAUGUGAUUCCUUCUAGCGCGGAUUUAUUCCGUACAUAUCGGGCAAUUUUGUCUCAAACAUUGGAGCUAAUUGAAGGCAAUGGGAGGAAUACAGUUCUAGUAGAUUUAGCUGGUUUUUUCUCUAGAUGGUUGGUGGAAUACUCGAACAAGAUACUGCAGCCAUUGUUACUUCCCGAAAAUGCGAGAAUAGAAGAUAGAGAUGAAGUUGUUCAGUAUACAAUACUAAUGAUAAAUACAGCAGACUACUGUUCUACAACAGUGGGUCAGUUAGAGGAAAAGCUGCAAGCGUAUUCUGACCGUUCUGAAUUAAUCUCCCAAUACACUGAUAAUGCUAGGUCAGAUUUUUCUGUUCUAAUAUCUCGUGGCAUAAGAUUCUUAUUGAAUCAAAUAAUAGCACCACCGCUUAAAUUUGCAUGGAGAGAGUUUGCUAACUAUGACUGGAGUAAUUCCAUGGUGGAAGAUUAUAGUAGGUACGUUUUAACUAUAAAACAUAUCCUUCUUGCUGACGAAAGGCAAGGAAAAUCACUGAUUCAGAACAUCUUAAGUCAGUUUGAGCGUGAUAUUUAUAAGUGGAACAUACUGGGUCAUAUUGUGGACUUAAUAAUCAACGAAUAUCUUCGUGUAAUAGUGAAUCUUUUACGACCACGACAGCCAUAUGGGACGUUGACCUCUAAACGCCAUUUUUCCAUAAAUCAAGUCAUAAAUAUCGGCGAACAAUUAUUAUUGGAUGUUCAAUUCCUUAAAGAAGUAUUGAAACAGCUGCCCGACUCACUUUCACAUGACCGUCCUGAUUCAAGCACUCGGUACAAUAACCGCAUAGACACUAGCAUUGAUCAAAUGAUAGACCUAUUUAAUAUAUUGGUGUCUCCAAUUGAACCUAUAGCGAAAUAUCAUGAGAAUUUCUUUAAAUAUGCGAAAACUAAGAGUCAUAUAUGUUGGGCUCUGCUUUUAUCAUUAAAAGGCAUGUCAUGGGACCUAGCUCAAUGGAAGAGUUUCUGGUCUGAAUUCAACGCGCAGGAGGGUGCCUUAUCCGAUAUUGAUAUUAACCUGUUUGUUUUCCAACGCGAUGAAAACAUAAUAAGAUCGUUUAUAAGUGAUUUAGAGGAUAUUGUAGAUCCUACUUGGAGAGCGUUCUUCACUAACGAUCUCUUAAUACCCCUAUCGAACAAGAAACAAACACACUUUGCGCAAACUCCAAAUUCUGUCCACAUUAAUAAAUCCAUCAACGAAAAUCUUAAACACUUUGUUUCCAGCACUAGGUUUUUCAGCAGAGGCGGCUAA